GUCACAUGUCUGUGACAAUUUGCUUUUUCUUCCGGGAGAGCUCCGGUACGUUAGACUGACUUCGGAAUCCCGGCAACCUCUGGAGUGGUGCAGUGACCUCAGUUGUGUAAGAAGUCGGCUUUCCAUGAGCUGCAAUGCUGGGAAGGAGACCCGUCAAAAAGAACGGCCAGGCCAAAGGUCGAGGGGCAGCGGCUGCCAAACAGCUAGGACUGUUUGUAGAUUUUAACCCUGAAGAUAUGAUGAUGGCAAUACCAGAUGAUGCAGAUGAUGGAGACCUUGAAGCAGAACUUGCAGCUUUGACUGGGAUGAAGCCGACAACGAAGGAGAAGCCUAAAGGAAAAGCUCCUCUCCCUAUGGAUCACAUUGAGAGGAUGGCACAGGACUGCAUGAGAGAUUUAGACGGGGAGAAUGAUGACGAUGAGGACUUGGAAGAAGAUGAAGAUUUACUGCAGGCUGAGCUCCAGGAAGUGGUGGGAGAGGAGGAGAACGCUGAAGAAGAGGAGGAGGAGGUGACUGUCUCACACGCAGCACAGCAGAGCCAUACGGAGCAUGAAGACCAGCUCAGCUCCCCACCUAUGGAGCAGAAACCCAUAACGCAGCAGGCUACACCCGGGGGGCUGUGUCAUACCCUAGAGGAGCGGAUCAGCAACUACAAGGCGGCGAUCAGCAAAGCCAAGGAAGCUAAAGAAAGCUCCAAAGCCCGGAGAUAUGAGCGCGGUCUGAAGACGCUGGAGUCCAUGCUAAGUGCAGUCAAACAGGGCAAAGCUGUGAAUGAGGAGGAGAUGCCGCCUCCUGUAGCCAUUGGGAAACCUACAACACCACAAGCUUCACCCUCUGCAAAUUACACCCAGGAGGAGCUAGGUGACAUGAGGCAGAUUUCCUUAGCAGCCGAUAGCUCUACUCAACCGACAGAGGAUUCUGUGGUAGAGACCCCAGUUAUUGAGGCAGAAACCACAACCAGUGAAGGGGAAUCUGCAGACACGUCUAGUACAGACUCCAGGAUCUUGCUGCUCACGAGGCAAAAGGAAUACAAACUUGCAGCUCUGAGAUUGAAACAGACGGGUGACGUGGAGAAGGCUAAGGAGUAUAUGAAGAUUAGUAUGAAAUUUAAUGCUGUUUUGGAAGCUCUGGAGAGUGGACAUCCUGUGGAUCUCAGCAAUAUGCCCCCUGCAAUGGAAGAUCAGGGCAAACCAUCAGCUUCACCGCACAUUGCAUCAGCAACUCCAGAUGAGCCCAUCACUGUUAGUACUCAAGGCACUGGAUCCGUGUUACAGGCUCUGCAGCAAAGGAUGGAAAAGUACAGAACAGCAGCACAGCAGGCUAAAGGCAGCGGGGACGACAGAAAAACAAGGAUGCAUGAAAGGAUUGUCAAGCAAUACCAGGAUGCCAUCCGGGCUCACAAAGCAGGACGACAAGUGAACUUGGCAGAGCUUCCAGUUCCACCUGGAUUUCCUCCGCUACCUGGUAUGGAGCAGAAAGAAGGAGAGGGAAGUAUGGCUCAGGUACUGGAGGCCGCACACAAGCUGGCAAACACAGAAGGGGAGAAUGAGGAUGAGGUUCUCCCUAAGAAACCCAAGCAACUUGUCAAGCCUUUUGUGAUACAUCCUGUGUCACACCAUGAUGAGCCUUCUCUGAACUCCAAAUCCAUUAUCCCAGAUAAGACGGCAUCUUCAGAUUCACUCCCUGCUGAAGCUCAGGAGCAGAUUGAGCUUCUGGAGAACAGGAGACAAGAGUUCAGGAAAGCAGCUCUUCAAGCCAAACAGAGGAACGACCUGGAGCAAGCCAAACAGCAUAUGAGAUCAGCACACUCCAUGCAGACGUCCAUUGAUCAGCUGAAGAGCGGACAAACUGUGGACAUUUGCAAGCUGCCGUCCUUGCAAGAUGAUGAUAAUAGCGACUUUGUGCUUAUUGACCAUGAGGACACAAAACCACUACAGAACACAGAUGAUGUCUACAAUCAGCUGCUAAAACUGAUGAAUGAACAACAAGAGAAAUGCCUCCGAUACUCCAAGCAGUUUGCACAGAUGGGCAACAUCUCAGAGACCACCAGAUUUGAGAAGAUGGCACACGACUGCAAGAAGAACUGCGAGAUUCUGCAACUGUCUCAAGCUCAGGGCCUGGAACCACCUCCCUAUCACUUUGAGGACAAGACCAUGAAAAUAGUCAGGAUCUUCUCAGAACUCAGCAGCACAGAGAUGCUACUUAUCAUUGUACGAGGAAUUAAUCUGCCCGCCCCUUCAGGAGUCGCACCCAAUGAUUUGGACGCUUUUGUAAAGUUUGAAUUUCCAUAUCCAAGCACGGAGCAGCCACAGAAGAAUAAAACCCUGGUGAUAAAGAACACAAACUCUCCAGAAUAUGAACAGUCGUUUAAACUGAAUAUCAACCGAAAUCACAGAGGCUUCAAACGAAUCGUUCAGACCAAAGGGAUAAAGUUUGAAAUUUUCCACAAAGGGGUAUUCUUGCUCAGGAGUGACAAACAGAUUGGCACAGCAAGCAUAAAACUGGACAAGUUAGAAACGCAGUGCGAGAUCCGGGAGAUUGUGGAGGUGUUUGAUGGGAGAAAAACAACAGGUGGUAAACUAGAAGUAAAAGUCUGUCUCAGGGAGCCCCUCAAUGGUCAGGACCUCCAGACGGUGACAGAGAAGUGGUUGGUGAUGGGACAGAUUCCUCACAAGAAGACUCACUGACUACUAGGAGUGUACAGUUCCUGCAAAUAAAGAAGCUGCAUUUAACCCCUUGCUAACUAGCUGGGGUUGCUCGGGAUCCUGCUGCUUAACAGUGAAUGGGGUAACUCACCAAAGACUGCAGAGCAUUAAUUAAUCCCCAUGGUCACUUUUAGGAUUGUAGAAGAGAGAAGAAACUCAACAUGCGGAAUGUUUGCAGCAAUCUGUGCAGAAAUGACCCCAACCACAGAGCCAUAGAGCUUUGCACUGUAUUUGCCGCCCCUGUGCGCAGACUGAAUGUAAACACAGAAUCAAGUUUAUGAUUCUCAAAGACUGACACAAAUCCAACAAGAUUCCGGAUCUCCUGCAAUAAAGCUUCUAACAUAAGUCCAUAACCCAUUGGCUGUCAGAAAUGGGAGCAGCCCUGGAUAACACAAAUGCUGUGUAAUAGGUGCGGUCCAGGGUUAACGUGUACACAGAGUAAGAGGCAGUUAACGUGUAUGAACAGCAAUAAAGGCAGCUGCGGGUUAACAUGUAUGGGCAGCCGUGGGUUAACAUUUGUGGAUGAAGCACUCCUUUUUUGUUGCAGGACUCUAUUAUUAACAUGAAUGUGCUACAGGUGCUAAGGGAUAAAAAGGGCCCCAUAUCUCAAUAGGUUUAAUUUUGGGCUCCCAGCAAAACAUCAGUCCUACAGGAUUUAACCCUUCCAUGGGACAUUUUACAUGCUAGUGACUGAGCUGAUGAAUAGGGAUUCUGUCCCCAGGUAUGGCGCUCGUUAACUGUUUGUUCAGUCUUAGUUCAUCAAUGCAGAAACCUUUAACUGUCAGAACUCAGAGGGAUCUGACUAUUCUGCUGUGCAACUCAAAGUGCCUUUUAUCCCCUUCAGUUUGUCAGCACUUGGUCACUCUUCUGUCUGGUACGUGAGCAAACGCUUUCUUGGUUCUAUACGCCAGUUACAGGCAGUAACAAAGAAAGAGGAUUAGGUUCUAUAACCCCUUUCUUGCUAGAAAUGCCUGCAGGAUUGUUACAGUCCUCUAUUGUAUAGAAAGGGUGACAGCAUUUUUAUUUAUUUUUCCAUAGUCGAGAUAAGGUUUUUGUGCCAUGUUUAAAGUAUUGGUCAGACUGUUAGAGGAAGAAUUUUAUUUAUUACAAAUGUGGAUUUAAUGUAUCUAAUCGUACAUGGAAUUAAACAGAAAUGACACCA